UCGAGUCGGUCCAGUUUUAUUUUAAAUGGAACUUCAGGAGAAAACCCGGAACUGAGGGGCCGGGAGAAGCUCUGCGUGCCGUGGUCCGAGUGCCGCUCUCCGGACGCUCGUGGGCCGGUUCUCAUUCGUGGUGUUUUGGCCCCUCGGUCCCCCGGGAGCUCCAGGGACCGUAAAUAUGCUGCCGGGUGGUGCGUUCAUGGUCCUGCUCCUUGUGUUCGGAGGAGUUUCUACCGCUCCCCUCCCCUCUGGUGAACUCGACUUCCCCCCCGUGGAGCUGGAGGACCUCGGGAACUCGGCGAUGUCCGUGAGCUUCACUCACCCGUUGGUGUUCUACGGCGAGAAGCCGGCGGAGCCGUUCCACUUCACCGUGUCCACCGGCGGGAAAGCGAGGCUUCCCAUGACCUUCUGUGACCUUCAGGAAGACUUCAAUGGCUCGUGCACGGCGCAGGAGGACUGCAAGCGGCGCGUCUCGUUCCCGUUGGGCGUCGAGAAGUGCGUCACGCUGAGAGGCGACGGGGCGUUCAGGGACACGGGCCGCGUCUGCCUCUCUGGCGAGCCGCCGCUCAACGUGACGCUGAGCUGCCGUCACCUCAACGUGUCGGUCAGCUGGCAACACGGCGGGCCGCCCGGUGCCGGCUUCAGGGUCCACAUGGGAGGGUCUGCAGGCCUCAGGCAUCAGGUGAACGACACCACGGCGCUCCGGUUCGACCUGAACCGCUUCGUCUGGGCCUCGGAGCGCCGCUACCUGGGCUUCCUCUUCGUCACGGUGACGGCCAAAGAGGGGCGGGGCCAGUCGGCGUCCGCGACCAGGACCUUCAGCUACAACCUGCUGAAAUUCCCCGACGUGCGAUGCGACUUGGACUUUCCCACCGUGGUUCUGAAAGACAGCGAAUCAGGAGCCACGCUGAGCUUCAGGAACCCGCUCGACAUCCACGAGAAGCUGAGGCCGGCGAGCGCCAUUCAGUUCUCGGCGGGCGGUUCCAAUGGCAGCUGCUCGGCGGCCGACGACUUAUGCAAACUGGACCUGUUGUUCCCGGAGGGCGCCAAGAAGUGCGUGAAGACGCUGACCGGGACGCUGCUCGGCCGCGGCGGCGUCGGCAAGGUGGCGUUCAGAAAGACGGGCCCCGUCUGCGCCAGCAGCUCGACCGAUGCCAACAUGCUGACACUCGGCAUCAUGCUGCUCCUCUUGCUGAUCAUCGUCGUGGUCAUGGUGAUAAUCGCCGUCUGGAAGGCGAAAGCCUACACCAUGAAGACGCUGCCAAACCCUCGGAUCCCACCGAUGGAAAACCACGAGGAGGGCUUGAGGUACGCGCCGGUGCCCUAUAUAGACAUCAGCCCGCUGACAGUGACCGACCACAGAGCCCGGAUGGAGGAGGAGGAAGAGGAGGAAGAUGAAGAAGCAGCCCUCCAGUGCGGCGGUGGCGGUCACCAGCCGGACCCUCAAUACGCAGACGGAGGACUUUCAGAGGGAUCCUGCGACGACUCUGGGGAAAUGGAGGCUGUGGAGAUGGAGGAGCAGGAGGCGGCCCUCCAGGGAGGAGGCGGAGCUGAUUUCCUGCCCAUCGGACAGCUGUACGCAGAGGGAGAACUUUCAGAGAGAGAACUUUCAGAGGCCUCCUGUGAGGACGACUCUGAGGCGGCGUUGUCGCCCUACGACUGCAGACAUGACCUUUGACCUUUAGGGACUCAACCCGGUGACCUGCCAGUCAACGAGCUCCACGAGAAGAAACCGAUCAAAAGUGCCGCUGCUUGUUGUUACAGUUCAACCGGAAUGACCUCAAAGAACAGAUGUGUUCCUCUCACCUGCACCUUGAGGUGUUCUGCCACUGUCCUCAAAUUAAAUUGGGGUAAAGAAGAAGAAGUAAUCUCUCAGGGAGUGACGCGGUCACAGGGACUAUUUCUCCGGUAGAAAGUAGUUCUGACAUGUGUUUUGGUGGUGGACAAAUGGCAUCUGAAGUUAAAAUAAGAAAGAAAACCUCUGGCAUUUGGGUCAGACUUUUAUUUUGUAUUUUUACUAUGAUUCUCGUUUUAAAUUAAUUGAAGCGAGCGGCUCGUACACGGCGGGCCGUAUUUAUGACACCUGACACCUGUCAUAAAUACCUCCCGGCUCCGCCACACCUGCAGAACCGGAUCGGCGGGCCAGCGGUUUAACGCUGAAGUCGUUUUUAAAUGUGGAUUAACGUUGUCGACAUGUCAUCUGAUCUGGAGUCAGUCGAUCUGUACAUAGACACCAGAGGGAUUAUGAUUUAUGUUUUUAAUAAAUUAAUGUUUUUAAGGGCCGAGUGUCGCUGGACAUGCUUUUGAUAAAGGGGCGGAGCUUUGGCACAAAUAACUAAACAGUUGAAAUAUCUUUAAAACAAAUCUUUUUGUAAAUGGGCUUUGACGGCGUCAAACAGCUUCUAUAAAACUCUGCUAACGGGUUU